AUGAUGGGAAUCUCCAGAAUCCUCGAUAUGCCCAUCUUCAGCAGCCGCUUCAAGUUUCAUAUCCACAUCGCUCAAGUCGUGCUCGUGGUUGCAGCUCUCGGCCUCACGGUUCCUCGUCUCUUCAUGAACAAUGUGCCGCGUUCAAGAUCAAGCACAAUUGCUUUGGGAAUGGGUGCCAAAUCCCUCAUCCUACUCGCCUACCUCAUAUUCUCGGAACGUGUUUCUCGUUUCCAACGUUGGCAUAGCUACAAGGCGCAUGCGAUUAUCAGCUGUCUCGAGGUCGUGUUCUGGAGUGCGGUCGCCGGCUUGAUGUUUCAGGCCAAUAUGGACUAUUGCAAAGGGAUAACCUGUGGUCUCAGUUGGGUGGUGAUUGUCAUCGCCGUGAUCAUCAUUAACUCAGAGAUCAUCUGUUCUGGAAUCAGCAUCAGAGAGUUUCGCGAGUGGAAACAAGCAGGAAAGCCAAAGUCAACGAAACCUCAGCAUGCCCGUCGCUCUCCGUUCGACGAUGAAGAAGCGAUGCAGACUCAAACCCAUCAAUUGAAAGAUGCGCCAGUCCAAGCUGCCGAACGAGCGUACAUCCAAUCUGAGCAACGAAAUGCUCAACCCAGCCAAUCUCGACCCCACGGCGAAUCACUUCGGGAGACCCAGAACGCACCGCGAUCCCACCGCCAGGAACGUCAGCAUCGCUCCCGUAGCUCUGAGCAUCGUACACGUGGGCGAGAGGAAUUUCAUAUGCAUGAGAUGGAGCAACCACCUCGGUAUCCGGGACAACAGCAAUAUACGCCGAGGGGAUCGCGCUAA